UAAAUCAAAAUGUCUGAAAUGGUAAAAACGUGCUCAGUGAAUUUGUUAUGUUCGCACACGGCGUCGAUGAUAGAGUAUCGUUAUCGAUGUGCGAGAUAACGAUCGUUCAGAACGUCCAGCAGAAAUAGCAUCGCAUUGCUACCGGGCUUUAGUAUCGCGCGAACCGUGAAGGUGGAUUAAAAGUCACACUUACAUAAAGGGAGCAUGCAAGAGGACGAAGAUGACGAUCCCGCUCAUGGUUGAGUUCUCGACGGACCGUUAAACUAAAUCAUCGACAUUCCGCUCACGAAUCUAAUUUCAAUCCUAGUUCGGUUAAGAUAAAGAAUAAGAGAAACAACUGAGAGAUACAAAAAAGAUAAGCCGAUAAGAGAUAAUAGAAAAAAAUCGUUGCGACUAUUGUUGAUUACUGAAGGCGGGAUGAAAAUGAUUGUAGAGACGUAAAGGAUACGUAAAAAAUAAGUGCGAAUCAUUUGAUAUGGAUGAAACUCGAAAAGAAUAGAAUUGGAUAAGCGGAUAAAGGAGAGUGAAGAACUCUAAAAGAGAAAAAGGUAAUAGGAAUUGAGGGAAUUUUAUUUUUUCCGUGAAAAUUGUAGUCAUUGAAUAUACGUGCGUAUCGAGUGUAAAAAGAGGCCAACUUUGUGAAAAAUAGAAAAGAAGAGCGAAGUGUGAAUAAAUUGAGAAAAGAAAGAUUAGAAAAGAGAGGACUGGAAAAAAAACGCAGACAUUCCACUUGUGAAGAAAAAUUUGAAUAUUAAUAUUCAGGUAUACAAGCAAGUUUAAUUUUUUUGUACCUUUUUCUUUAUUGGUGUUAGGAAAUUCCUGAUUAUACAUUGGCCACGUGGAUCGGCUAUAAUCAAGAUAAGCUCUUAGCAAUAAAAUGAGAAAACUAGAUGUGAGAAAGAAGAGGAAUGAAAUUUCAAGCGAGUGGAAAAUGAUUGAGAUGCAAAAUAGAUGAAACGCAUUAAUGCAGAAAAUUUAUUUUUACAUAAAUUGAAUGUACAUAGAUUGGAUUUAUAUAGCUUUUUACGUAGAUUAAAUUUAUUAUAGAGAUUGACUUGUUAAUGAAUGGUAAAGAUAAUAUUUUUAAUUCUCUUAUCAAAGAAACUAGUGAAGAAAUAAAGAAAAUUAUAAAAGUUCAGAAGGAAAAGAAUAAACGGAGUAAAUUUAGGAAAUCUGAACAUUUUUUUAAUGAAGACAAAAGAUGAAGAAAGAAAAAAGCGGGCGUGGAGAGGUGAAGGACAAUCGUCAACAGAAUUAGCAUAAUUAAAGCGUGAAAUUCCUACUAACUGUGAACUGAAUCGCAAAUAGAAUCGGUUCUUUACGGAGAAAAAGAGACAACAAACAAGGAAAAAAAGGAUAAAAUAAACGGAAAAAAUUUUGUUGAUGAAAGAUCCUCGAAGAAAUUCAGAGAAGUCUCAAAUUUCUAUUGCUCGUCUUGAUCGAAAUAAGUAUAAUUAAUUCUAAGAAAAGAUAAAAAAAAAACCGAUAAAGAAGAUUGAAGAAAAUAAAGAAAAAAAAGUAGAAAACUUCUUAAAAGUAGAGAACAACUAAAAGAUUAAGUGACGUGGAUAAAAAAUUAAGGAAUUAAAACAUGAACGCGCGUUUGCACGAAGUGGCAACAGAAAGAAAAAGAGAAGAUGGUGAGACGAGGGAGGAGGGUGGAAACAUCAUUCUUGGCGACGGUCAUCAACAGCGAGGUCGUUGCUCUGAUUUUCCCGACGACUGGAUCGACAAGGUAUCGGAUUAUACUGGUGUCAAUGCGCAUCACAUGGCGAGAGAAAACGAGAUCGAUUUCCCGUCGCGCAAAUUGCUGAAACCACCGCUGCCACCGUCGUCUUAUGGUCCAGCGAUCGCGUUUAACAAUGUCUUACCCGACACUAUUGUCGUACCCUCUCCUAGUAUUACGUCACACGUUGGUGAUAAUGCUAGAUCACGAGCUUGCGAUAUCGAGACGACAUCUUGCUCCACGAUGAGAUUUCCUUAUGCGCCUGGUGCGACUUGCAACGUGGCAUGCAGUAAUGCACCAGCGACGUGCAAUGUCGCUCCAGCGAGUGCUGACUGCGACGAUCCGGAGACAACGUGGUUCCGCAACGAGGAUCACUUGGCCGAGCCACAAUCGGGGGUUUGCACGGCGAACACGACCUCGAAAAUUUGUCAGCUGGGCCCAAUUGAUGUCGAGGAUCUCGCAAUGUACUUCGAUUCACCGACGGACGGCUGCAAGCCACCCUCGUUGGGUAAUCGAGCGAUCUAUUCGAAGAAAUCGCGCUACGGACAGGUCGUAAGGAUGGAUCAGUCUCAGGAACAUCACCGCGAUCUGAAUUUCCGUGAUCUACCUUCUUGCAAUCUAACACCCAAUAAUCUACAAACUUGCGAUAUGGGGCCCAGUACACUGGGAUAUUGCGAUAUGGGCAACGAUCUACGGCUUCGUAACUCAGGAUACGAUGGUCCGCCAUUUUGCGAUCCAAGACUUAGCGAUUCGCGAUUUUGCGGUAUGAGGCUGUCCGAGGAGCAGCCCCGUGAAUCAGGGCGACACAAUCUGGGACGGGGCGACCCGGGACUGGGCAAUUGGUUCUGCAACGAUUGCCCGGAACUGUUCAAUUUCUGCAGCGAGGAACGAUGGCUGCAGUGCCCGGCGAGCGAUCGCUGUCCCCUUUAUGACACCUCGUACGCUUACGAUGUGCCUGUUUUACCGCCAUGUAUGUACGAGAAUGGUUACAACGAUAAUUGGCAUUACGACAAUGCGGAGGACGAACAACUCCUCGAGAAUUACUUGAGCAACGAGAAGAGGAAGGAAAGAUCUCGCGAUGCAGCGCGCUGCAGACGUAGCAGAGAAACCGAUAUCUUCACUGAACUUGCGGCUGCUCUUCCGGUCGCACCGGAACAAGCAGCGCUCUUAGAUAAGGCCAGCGUAAUGAGGUUGGCGAUUGCCUACCUCAAAGUCCGAGCCGUCGUGGAUUCCAUUCCAGUUACGCUGACAAAAUCCGAGUCGUCCGCAAAGAUGGAUGAAUUAUUUCCAAAAGCUCUCAACGGCUUUAUGUUAGUACUCUCCAGUGACGGCAACAUGGUCUACCUUUCAGAAAAUGUCAGAGACUAUCUCGGAGUGUCACAAAUGGAUAUGAUGGGACAAAGUGUAUACGAAUAUAGUCAUCCCUGUGACCAUGAUGAAUUGCGUGAGUGCCUGUCUUCGAAGUCGGCGGAUAACAAUGAAAAACGUACCUGCAACUUUUUCUUGCGACUCAAAUGUACUCUCACUAGCAAAGGCAGAAAGGUCAAUCUGAAGAGUGCUUCUUACAAGGUGAUUCACUGCACUGGCAGAUUGACAAACAUCCGCGACUCAAACUCGAACUCUAUGGAAGUUGAUAAUGAAGAGCGACGCAAAGAGGAUGAGGACGUGGGACAAGAUACAGGCACUUCUCUAGUGCUCGUAGGUAGUCCUAUACCUCAUCCUAGUAAUAUUGAGAUACCUUUGGGACGUCAUACCUUUUUGUCAAAACACAAUCUCAGCAUGAAAUUUACCUACGCUGACGAAAAAUUAGCUGAAUAUUUGGGCUGGAGCAGUGAGGAGCUGAUGGGUCGAUCAGUCUUUGAGUUUUAUCAUGCACUCGACAAUCUUGCACUAGACAAAUGUUUCAAAUGCCUGUUCAGCAAGGGCCAGUGCGAGACCGUAGCGUACAGAUUCCUUGGCAAGCGAGGUGGUUACGCCUGGGUUAUUACCCAGGCCACCCUCAUUCACUGCUCCAAGCAGCAAAAGCCGAUCUCUGUCGUCUGUGUCAACUACAUCCUAAGUGGGAUCGAGCACGAGGAUGAGGUAUACAGCGUGCGCCAGCUGGCCGCGCGUGACAACGACGCCAAUUUGGUGAAGAUAGAGAAACCGUUGCCGGUCUUGGUGCCGGCCGAUAGUAGUGCUGUAUCGACAACGGAUUCGAGUCAGGUAUCACUAAACGACGAGGAGAAGAUUCCCGAGGAAUUGAACGUCGACGACGAGUCCAGGAGCGACGAUCGACCGUUCGCCGUUACCGCGUCGAUCUUCCGUUCAAUCGACGAAAAGAACGACUGCAAAGACGAUUCGCAGAAGGACGGUGCCUUGCCGAAACACGCCCAAAAAGAAAAGGCAUUCGUUUUCCUCGAGAAGGCUCUCAAAGAGUCUCUGGAGGAGUCGAUUAAGGAGAACGACGUACCGGCAACGGAUAAACCGACGGUGGUGAACGAUUCAUCAGACAGUGCUGGACACUGUGAUCGUCCGCAAUCGGUUACGAGACAUCUGUUCGCACCGCUCGCGACCGCCGUGCAACAACAGGAACAACAACAACAACAGGAACAGGAACAGUCACAAUUAUCCUGUCGUCCGCAAACGGCCACAGCGAGCAUUUUCGCGCCUCGUACUGAGGAUAUGAAUAAAGGCUUUUUGACUUUCAGCGAGGAUCAGCCGGGUCUCACCAUGUUGAAGGACGAGCCGGAGGACUUGACACAUCUCGCACCUACGGCCGGUGAUGUGUGUGUACCUUUGGAAGACACUCCCUUCUUGUCAGAUAUGCUGGAUGAGUUUAUCUUCGGCAAUGAUAACUAUGGCUGUCCUCUAUUGAGUCCGGGAGACACUCUAACACCGGAGUUACGUUCCGCAGAUCUCUCGGGAUCCCUCAAAGAUGCAGACCUCGUGGACACUACUACUAGAGCCAAGAAUGCGGUCGAUCGUUUAGCCGAUAGUGAUCCCUUCAUGUACGGCGACUCCCCUGGAAGUCCUUGUGGCAUCGAUUCGAGCACUGUGUCGCCGUCUCUCUCGAAGUAUCGACAAAGUCCUGAGCGCAGCGUGGACUCAUUAGGUAGUCCUACAGGAGGUAGCGGCGGCGAUGGACUCUCCGAAGACGAGAUGCUUAUGUUAGGUAUCAGUGAUAGUAUAGGGGAUGAAGAAUUAGCGCUCAGAGCACCCUAUAUUCCGAUGUCGGACCAGGAUGAAGCGUUAGAAUUCCUCAUUAAUGAUAACAUGGUAAUGUGGAGCUCGUCGCAAUCUGACAAAGGAUCCUCGAAAUGGUUACUCGAUGAUCGAGAACGUAAUUCCGAAUCCAGUCUGGCACAAUUACUGCGAACUGAUCAAGCGGUAUCGCGGCGAUACAAUGAUCACGGCGGAGGUUUGCUAAAUUCGUCGCAGAUAUUAGGACAAACACCUAGAAAAAACAUGCUUUUCGAAUCCAAUCGAUGGUUCUCUAAUCAGGAACGUCCCAAUAAACGCAUACACUCCGGACUUAAUACGGACUCCGAAAACGAAUAUAAGCGUCUUAAGUGUGAGGACUCGUCUUUUGAGCGUAUAAAUCUUGAAGAUACAUUGGUGACGAAGCAACAGCGGCAGUCGACAACGCUUCACAAAAAGUCGCCGCCGACUCUCGGUAACACCUGUGGCAGCCAGCUUCUGCGUCGCCUCGUCUCGUCACAGAUGCCAAGUAUCGUGUCACAGGUGGCAACUUUGCCUGACAGUAACGGCCAUAUUCGCAGUGACAACGAACGUCAUCGCGAGGACUUUUCGAAGCAGCGUGAUAGCGACCUCGACGAUAUCAUCGAUUUUGUUGAAUCGGAAGGCGAUCGCGGUGGGGGAGGAGGCGGAGGCGAAAAUCACGGCGGUAUCGGUGAUGGCCUAGACAAGAUCGACGCAACAAGUCGGAGAAGGAAUCCUUCCUGCGGCACUGGCGGCAGCAGUGUGCUAAUGAAUCUCCUGGUUUCCGGUUGCGAUGAUCCUUUGAUGAGUUCUUGUAAUAUGUCAACUGUGUUAUCGAGUAACCUGACUCCGUUAUCCAUCAAUGUGGACAAUCAGAUAGUUCCACACUGUGCGAACACAGAUGUCAUAUCUUUACCUGAUCAUCUCAGCCCGGACACCAGGAAGCAUUUAAUCGGGCCUUUUACCGGCGGUGGCGGGGACGGAAAUACUCCUAUAGUCUCGCCCACAACGUCCGCGUUGGCAUCUUUCGAUAGCUUUGAUUGGAUCCGCGAUGGAUCCACGGGCCUACUUCAAGUGGGAUCAGAUCUACUCGGAGGAUUGCUGGAUCGAAAUCUAGUGUGAUCUAGCGCGAUGCGAUUCAUAUAGACCUGCCAAAAAAUCGAUAAGGGAAAUUAGAAGCCGGAUUUGUUCAAUAUUUGCUUUUUCAUAACAAGCCUCAGAAAUUUUUUUUUUUCACUCUUUUUUGUAACACAAUCCGAGUUGUUACUUAUUGUAAUCAAAUUAUAAUUAAACUAUUAAUUUUAAUUUGUUCUUUUAACGUCGAUUUCAGAGUCUGUGCAAUAUACUAAAUAAAGAGCGAAAAAAGGAAUUACAAUGCAAUCGAAACGUUACACACAAAGAGAUUUUAUACGAAUCUUGCUUCUAAUUUCUGCAUGUAAAUAGUCGGUUAAUUCCCGGUGCUUUUUAACAAUUCGCUAAGCAUUUGAAAAUCUCAGAAAUGCGAUAAAGUGCAGUGCAGUUUAUAUUAAAUGUUCAAAAGAACGUUCGAUUAAUAUAAGAGUGAUGCGACUCGAGAAGACUUAAAUCCAGAUUAAUUGAUAUUUUUAAUUGAUAUUUGAUCUUUUUACGAUGAUUUCUUUAAAUAUUUUAAAAUAAUAAUCGAUUCACGCCACUUCAACGUUCAAUCGAUACUUUUUUUACACAGUUUCUUUGAAAUUUGCGUGUGAACGUUUGUAAUAAUCAAGUGUGUCAACACGUUUCCACGAAUUAACAAAAGAGAAUUAUAAUCUGUACAAUGACGAGCUGCUUAGCGAAUUAAGUUUGACAGAAUGAUACCGUGUUGUAAAAAUGCGAGUCAUAUCUUUCAAUCAAAUCGAUCAAAGGCUACAAUCGUUUUUAUGACGAAAAGAAGACAUUUUCUUAAAUUCUUAAAAAUUGUGUGCAUCAAUAUACAGAUUUUGUUAAAAAAAUUUUUUUUGUAAAUCAGAUUUAACGUUUUAGAAAAUUAUUUUUUCUACUACGUGAAAUUUAAUUCUAGUUCGAUCACUUUUAUUUGCUUUUACAAAAUAAUUUUAAUUCGAUGCAAUAGAAUUUAGAAUGUAAGCAUAAUAAAACAUGCAUAAUUAUCAAGGAAAAUGGGAUACUAGAUAAGAUGUUAUCUAAUAAUAAUAAUAAGCAUCGAACUUUAAUGUACUCAAAAAUUUUUAGGAUCCAGGA